AUGUCUGAACUCCAUGGAGAUGCAGAGAUGGUUCCGACAGGUCAGGAGCUAGACUAUCCUCUGGCGCUGGCGCCGCGACAAGUCACGCUCCGCGAUCGGGUCACGGUGGCAACCUUAAUGCCAUUCGCCUCGGGGGAUGAUCUACCCCGACCCCUGCUAAAGUAUCUCUCCGACCAAUUCAACAAGGAAAUUGAAAAGGGUGAUACCUAUGCGAUGUCUGAACCGAUUCCCUUGGCCCAGUUUAGUCGCUAUUGGUUCUCCAAUUUUGGUGUGGUCAUGCUGCUCGGCGAUAUUCAGAGUGUACAACAAACACAUGCCAUGGACAAGGCCGGUGCCAAUUGGACCAAAAUUUGUCUGGGUGGCUUUCACAUUCGUCCGAACUACCCCGGCUGGAGUAGCCAUGUCUGUAAUGGUACUUUUAUUGUCACAGAUGCCGCCAGAAACAAGGGUGUAGGUAGGUUGAUGGGUGAAGGUUAUCUGGAGUGGGCUCCUCGACUUGGGUAUACCUAUGCAGUAUUUAACCUGGUCUACGAGAGCAAUGUUGCAUCAUGUCGACUUUGGGAUUCACUUGGGUUCAAGCGCAUUGGCAGAAUCCCAGGUGGAGGAAGGCUUAAGUCUCAACCCGGGGAGUUUGUGGAUGCGAUUAUCUACGGUCGAGGUCUCAGCUUAGACGGCGAGGAUUCUGUAUCACAAGAUCGAUUUGAGAAGAUUCGGUAUUAUCUGAAGCACUCCAAGUACCCUCGAGGUGCAGAUCGCGCCGAGAAAAGUCGGUUGCGUAGCGCCGCCACCCACUAUAAGCUGAUUGAGGGCGAAGAGGGAGACCCCGAUAAGCUGAUGCUCAAGGACAAAGAGGUUGUCUCGGAUCCACAGCAACAGUAUGAGAUUGCCAAGGAAGUCCACCUCAGGCAACAUGCUGGCAUUAACAAAACCACCGCUGCCAUUGCAGUCAAAUACCACUGGGUACGGAUCAAGGAAACUGUCAACCGGGUGAUUCGUGAUUGUCCUCAAUGCAAGGAAACCCUCAAAACGCCUCCUAUCCCAGGAACUAAGGAGGAGGAUGAGUCACCUUCUAUUGAUACGUCAGACAUGGUAGACGAUAGCAUGGACCAUGGCGACGACCAUGUGGAUGUCCCUCAAGACAUGGACGAAGCACCGGACGACUCCCCAGCUCACCACCCCUACAUGAAUCAGGCAGUACCAGGCAACGUCCCUGCUAAUGUUCCCGGAGCCGUACAUCCCAUGGCGAACUUCACCCCGAUGCCUCUCGAUCCCCAGAUCAUGCAUCUACAGCAACAAUUGCGGCGCUACCAACAACAAAACGCCAUGGCCGGUGGCUUCCCCCAAGGCCCCAAUAUGGGCAUGACAAAUUUUGACGAUACGAUGCGCUACCACACGGCCAAUAAUGCAUACCAGAUGAUGGUUGACGACGGUUCUGAUCCCUUUCGACAGGAGGUACUGGGACUUAUGAACCCACCUUCGCAUGACUUGCAACAUGAUGCCGAGUUACUUUCAAAAUUCGAGUAUGGUAGUCCUUCUGAAGGAAAUUAUGAUUUCUCCUGA